CAGAAGGGAUAUGUGAAACCCCAGACAUCGUAUAGGCUACAUUUACUUAUAACAGUAACAGCAUUCUAAAAUUUAAUUCGCUGUGCUGGGAGAUGACAAUCAAGACGUUUACCAUUGAGUAUAAUGCUGUAAACGAUCGCAAUACAUUCAGCAAUGGAGACACUUUGACAGGCAGAGUUAUCGUGGAAGUCACUAAGGAAACGAAGAUCAAGGAUGUUACUGUGAAGGCGAAGGGAAAAGCCAAUGUGGCUUGGACUGAGACACAUGGGGAACAAAGAGUGACGUAUUGUGACAAAGAAAAGUAUUUUUCGCAAACUCAAUCUGUCUUGGAGGAUAAAGCAGUUGGUAACGGCAUUCUUGUAGCCGGACGACAUGUGUUCCCUUUUGCCUUCCAGCUUCCCUACCAGGGUCUACCUUCGUCUUUUAAAGGGACUCAUGGGAAAAUUCGCUACAGACUUUCGGCCAAGCUGAGCAGGUCUUUGUGGCCGGCAAUAAAAGCUGAAGCAAAGUUCUCAUUUGUUUCGAAAGACGAUUAUAAUCAGCCAACUGUGAUGGCACCUCAACGUGACAGUAAAGACAGGAAUGUUGUAUUCUUUGGAUCUGGAAAUAUUUCCAUGGAUAUAUUUUUACCCAAGACAGGCUAUCAACAAGGUGAAGGCCUAGUCGUCAAUGGUGAAAUUGUCAACAGCUCAACUCGAAAAAUUGUGCCGAAGUACAUUAUAUACCAGAAGCAGAGCUUCUUUGCGGGCAAAAGAGCUCUCCGCACCAAAGACAUCCUAAAGGAGAAAGAUACGCCUUUAACUUCUUCCACCAGACAGAAUUUGUCUAAAGUAUUGCAUAUUCCAUUAGAAAUCACCCCAACCAUCCAAAACUGCCGCAUUAUCAAAGUGGAGUACAGACUGAAGGUCAUUUUGGAUGUAUCGUUCACUCCAAAUCCUGUAAUUAAACUUCCACUGGUCAUCUUGCCCUUUAAUGACGAUCCCUCAGUCAAAGCGCUGGAGGCAGGACUAUACCCAGAUCUGGCCAAACUGAAUUUAUAAUAGCUAUAAUUUAUGACAAAUUUAAUGAAAUCCUGGCUAAAGUCUCAUAACCUAGUUAUCAAAGUUUGAUUUGAUUUUGCAUCGAUUUCAAUCUUUGUCCUUACUCAGACAACAUUUAAUAUAUUAAGAUUAUAUUUUCAGAUUUUUCACACAAUGUUUUUACAUUACGUAGGAUGAUUUAAUGUGCACUGAAUUGCACAUGAUUGAAUUAUGUUUUCUUAAAAUGAUUUUUCUUAAAAAAAUGUUGGAUCUACGUAAUUUAAUUAUGUACACCAGUUCAACAUGAUUGAAUCAAGUUUUCUUAAAAUGAAAUUAAUUUUAAAUAAACCUAAUUUAAUUAUGUGCAACCGAUUAUGUGCAAAAUUUCAGUGUGGAAAACAUAAAAUGAAUCAAAAAAAAUUGACUUUAACUGGAUGUGCACAGGCAGGGUCGCAUAUAUAACAAAUACUACUUGUGCUUACCACCUAAAUAUUAUUUUUCAAUCAAAAUGCUUGUAAUAAUUGCAAAUAAUUCACGCAAGGUGUUUUUUUGGUAAAUAACCUCCCACUGUCUAAAGAGCUCUUGCUAUUAGAGGUCUAAUAUUUACAUUAACAUUCAUGCAUUUACAUUUAUUUGGCAGAUGCUUUUAUCCAAAGCAACUUACAUUGCAUGACAAGAUAUACAUUAUUCAUAUGCAUGUGUGUUCCAUGGGUUCAAACCACUGAUCUAUAUAAAUGACUGGAUUGCGCAUAGAACGCUUGACGUAACUGCCUGAGGUAAAGCCAGCGCAGAGUUCGAGCGUCAUCUUGGUAUACCCA